AUGCAAGCCUCAGAGAAACUUCCGACUUAUGAAGAGAGCGCAAAGUCUCCCAAGGAAAUAUUGAUGGACAGGCUGAAGAAGAAAAUAGAAAAAGCCCAGAAACCCGAGGAUCUUCUUACCCACCUGCUUUCAACCGAGUUGAAUGUCGAAGACAAAGCAACUCUCCUGAGACAAGCCCCGAAGCAUAUAUAUGACUGCAAUCACCGACAAAGUGCCGAGUAUGUUGAAGCUCAGCUGAGAGAGGCAGGCUACGGUGAGCUUGCCAUAUACCUAUACUGGUGUUUCUUCUGGUAUAGGGCACAGCCGACGGGGCCAGAAAGCUGGAUCAAAGAACUGAUUGAACUUGAUAUCGAGGAACGCUGGGUUGCUCAACGAAAGGCCUGCAUUCAAGAAAAGCUCCAAACCUUGAAAUCCUCAUCGGAGCUACCUCUGUCUUCCGAAGAUGGAGCGAAACAUGCGUCGCAACUCGAGAGAGAUUAUGGAUCGCAGACGACAGUAUUUCCAGUAGAUUCGCAGCACGAGGAUUCGCAUUUCAAAGACAGAAUAUCGACUGGUAUCUCUCUUCUGAAUUACGCGAAGAUUGCGCGAGGGGAGGAGGUUGCUGUGGGCGGACGUGCGGAUGUUGCGCAAUACCACGAACGAUCGAUGGGCUUCGAACAGAAGGGAUGCGUAACCGAGGUCACUGCACUUCAGCAUGCUCUUGUUGUCUGGAUGCCCACGAGCUUGAUGGCAUAG